AUGAUUGAGAGCUUAGAAGAUGAACUGAAUUAAAUAUCUAAAAUAAAAACAAUUGAAAAUGAAGAUAAUCUAAUUGGAAGUCUUAAAAAACUAAAAAUAGAAGAAAAUUAGAGAAAAGAGAAACAGAUUCAAUACUAUCAGAUGAGUAUUAAGAUUCAGAAAUUGUUGAUUACAAUAUAGAAUUCUAGAAAUAAGCACUUAAAGAUGAAAUUAAGCUUUAAAUAUCUUAGAGAGAGAGUUGAUAAUAGUUUAUACAACACUAAAACAAGGUCUUUUGAACUAGAGUUUUAUUAUAAAAAUUAAAAUACAUACCCUAAUCUAACACUACUAGCUAAAAAAUACUUUGUAUUAUAAGCAACUACUGCAGAACAGGAAAGCAAAAAAAUUAGUUUUUCAUAAAAAAUUAAAAGACCUUUCCUUUAAAUAAAAUCACAGGUAGAUCUGUCAGAUAAAUUCUGA